ACAACAAUGAAUGACAUCAAACUGGCCCUGCUGGGCAGUGAGGGAGCAGGCAAAUCUGCGGUUUUGGUGAGAUUCUUGACCAAGCGAUUCAUAGGAGAAUAUGCAUCAAAUACCAACUCCUUAUACCAUAAAAGGCUCUCCAUUGAUGGAAGACAGUUGAACUUGGAAGUCUUUGAUCCAUGCUCACAGAGUGAAGAAAGCAAAUGUAUCCUAGAGGAACCACUGGACUGGGCUGAUGGCUUUGUGGUGGUGUACACCAUCAGUGACCGUACGUCCUUCCUAAAUGCCAAAAACAUCCUGGCGCAGAUCAAAGAGAGUCGUCGAGAGACCUGUAAAGGGGAGGUUCCCAUCUGCCUGGUGGGUAACAAGCAGGACUUAUGCCACAGCCGCCAAGUGAGUGAAGAGGAGGGCCGCUCUCUGGCCCAGGAGAACAAAUGCCUCUUCCAGGAGGUUUCGGCAGCUGAGAACUACCUGGAGAUCUCCAACCUCUUCACAAAGCUCAUCCGCCAUGUGAUGGAACAGCUUAAGCAUAGAGGCGACCGCAGGCGGUACAGUGGCUCCAAAUCCAUGGCCAAGCUCAUUAACAAUGUCUUUGGCAAGAGGAGAAAGUCUGUUUGAGUGAGUGCAGAACAUGAAAGAGCCCAGAAAAGAGCAAUGAGUCAGUCUUCAUUGAAUCAGUAAUGGAGAUUUGUCCC